GACGAGUAACUAAUUUGCGUCGAUGUACCUACGUGGUGCUUGAUGAGGCAGAUCGUAUGUUCGACUUGGGCUUUGAACCCCAGGUCAUGCGUAUAGUCGAGAAUUGCCGUCCCGACCGGCAGACGGUCAUGUUCUCGGCAACAUUCCCCCGACAGAUGGAGGUGCUAGCCAGAAAAGCCCUCACUAAUCCCAUUGAAGUGCAAGUCGGUGGACGGUCUGUAGUCUGCGGUGAUAUCGUCCAGAAAGUUGUAAGUCUAUCUUCCCCCAUGUGGGUCCUUCCGUCUGAAGAGGACAAGGUUUUGAAGCUGCUGGAACUUCUAGGCAUCUAUCAGGAACAAGGCAGUGUUCUGGUCUUCGUGGAGAAGCAAGAGAGUGCUGACGAGUUGAUGCGUUUCGGUUACCAUGCCUUUGGCCUCAUUCUCCCAUUUUUAACAACUGCCUACUUUAACCUGCCUAGACGGACUGGCCGCGCUGGACGCAAAGGCUAUGCCCAUACUUUUAUCACCCCCGAUCAGGAAAGGAAUGCGGGUGAUCUGGUCAAAGCUUUCAGUCUGAGUGGUCAGCCGGUGCCCGAGGACAUUUACCUUCUCUACGAGGGCUAUAAGGAACGCAUGAUGAUGGUGAGUUGUGUCAAUCGCCCUUUUACUUUGCACAUAUUUUGA